AUGCUCUUUUGCAUUCUACUUAUUUUAAAUCUAUCAUGGACAACUGCAAUAGCUACGGAAUUAGAUCAAUUACUGCCAUCAAUUCCAGUUUCAUCCCAAAUCAAACGAUUGGCUUCUCGCUGUUAUAUUAAUGAUUAUCCAGCAUGGUUAGAACGGCAACAAGAAUUGAUGAUAUGGUUCCAUUUAGCUAAAUUAUUAAAACUGCCCAUAGAAGAAAACAAAGUAAUACAAGAAGAAUUGGAACAAAUUCGACUUCAACACGAAUGUCUACGCUUUAUUGAACAUUUAACUCUUUCAGUAGGACCUGGAUAA